CCCGCCGGCCGCCCCCGCCGCCCCCGCCGCCCCCGGGCCCCGAUGGACUGAAUGAAGGCUGCCUACACCGCCUAUCGAUGCCUCACCAAAGACCUAGAAGGCUGCGCCAUGAACCCGGAGCUGACAAUGGAAAGUCUGGGCACUUUGCACGGGCCGGCCGGCGGCGGCAGCGGCGGGGGCGGUGGCGGGGGCGGCGGGGGCGGCGGCGGGGGCCCGAGCCAUGAGCAGGAGCUGCUGGCCAGCCCCAGCCCCCACCACGCGGGCCGCGGCGCUGCUGGCUCGCUGCGGGGCCCGCCGCCGCCGCCAACGGCGCACCAGGAGCUGGGCACGGCGGCAGCGGCAGCGGCGGCGGCGUCGCGCUCGGCCAUGGUCACUAGCAUGGCCUCGAUCCUGGACGGCGGCGACUACCGGCCCGAGCUCUCCAUCCCGCUCCAUCACGCCAUGAGCAUGUCUUGCGACUCGUCCCCGCCCGGCAUGGGCAUGAGCAACACCUACACCACGCUGACGCCGCUCCAGCCGCUGCCGCCCAUCUCCACAGUGUCGGACAAGUUCCACCACCCGCACCCGCACCACCACCCGCACCACCACCACCACCACCACCACCAGCGCCUGUCGGGCAACGUCAGCGGCAGCUUCACCCUCAUGCGCGACGAGCGCGGGCUCCCGGCCAUGAACAACCUCUACAGCCCCUACAAGGAGAUGCCUGGCAUGAGCCAGAGCCUGUCCCCGCUGGCCGCCACGCCACUGGGCAACGGGCUGGGCGGCCUCCACAACGCGCAGCAGAGCCUGCCCAACUACGGGCCGCCGGGCCACGACAAAAUGCUCAGCCCUAACUUCGACGCGCACCAUACUGCCAUGCUGACCCGCGGUGAGCAGCACCUGUCUCGCGGCCUGGGCACCCCGCCCGCGGCCAUGAUGUCCCACCUCAACGGCCUGCACCACCCGGGCCAUGCUCAGUCCCAUGGGCCGGUGCUGGCGCCCAGCCGCGAGCGGCCACCCUCGUCCUCCUCUGGCUCGCAGGUGGCUACAUCGGGCCAGCUGGAGGAGAUCAACACCAAAGAGGUGGCCCAGCGCAUCACCGCGGAGCUGAAGCGCUACAGCAUCCCCCAGGCGAUCUUCGCGCAGAGGGUGCUGUGCCGGUCUCAGGGGACUCUCUCCGACCUGCUCCGGAACCCAAAACCGUGGAGUAAACUCAAAUCUGGCAGGGAGACCUUUCGCAGGAUGUGGAAGUGGCUGCAGGAGCCCGAGUUCCAGCGCAUGUCCGCCUUACGCCUGGCAGCGUGCAAACGCAAAGAGCAAGAACCAAACAAAGACAGGAACAAUUCCCAGAAGAAAUCCCGCCUGGUGUUCACCGACCUCCAACGCCGAACACUCUUUGCCAUCUUCAAGGAGAACAAACGCCCGUCCAAAGAGAUGCAGAUCACCAUUUCCCAGCAGCUGGGCCUGGAGCUUACGACGGUCAGCAACUUCUUCAUGAACGCCCGCCGCCGCAGCCUGGAGAAGUGGCAGGACGAUCUGAGCACAGGGGGCUCCUCGUCCACCUCCAGCACUUGUACCAAAGCGUGAUGGAAGGACUCUCGGGUGGGCAAAGGUCCCCUCCAGGUGAGGACAACCGACACAAAAGAAAACACAAAGGAAAAAGACACCGGAUUCUUAGCUGGGGCCCUUCACUGGUGAUUUGAAAGCACAAUUCUCUUGAAAAGAAACUUCUAUUCUAGCUGUAAUCAUAGGCCAGGUGUUCUUUUCUUGUUUUGUUUUUCAUGGCUACGGAGUCCAAGUGCAAGCUGAAAAUGAAUCUCUUUGAACCGGACAUUGUCCUCUGAGCAUGCUAAGCAUCCCAGAGAUCCAAAGGGGGGGCCUUCCUGGAGCUGGUUGAUUUCAGCAUGGUGUUAGCCAAGCCCAGGAUCUCUUCAGGUGUCAACAGUCCCACUUGGGGCCCUGUUGCAGUCCGAGUUCCCACGUGUCACGUGGGAAUUUGGCCCAUGUAAGGAUUCUGAGUUUGGGCUCCCAAGAUGCUACCAUGAGAGAUUCUUCUAGCAACAAGAAUGACCUCAUUUGCUUUCCCAGUGCUUAGCCUCAUCAUGCCACAGUAUACCAAAGUUCACAGCCAUAACAUAAAAAACAUCAGAAUGAUAAUUCCUGAGCACAACUUUUAAAUACGGAAAUUAAAAAAAAAAAAAUCCGAGGACCUGUUUUUCCAACUCAGGCAUCAUUCCAUUGAAUGGUUUGGAAAGCUUUAAGUUGAUCCAGUUUACGAUUUUCUUUUCCUUACCUCCUGGAAAUCUCAUGUGGUCUUGGAUCCAUCAAAAAAAAAAAAAAAAUCAGUUCUCUUGAGCUCAACAUAUCAAGCACAACAUAGAUAAACAGAGAAGUAAGGAAGGUUCUGGAUUCACCGCAUCUGGGUUUUCAAGACGCUGAUUGUGAAGUCAUUAGGGAAUCGUUAGGAAUAUGGCUUCAAGCACAUUUUGCAGUUUGCUACAAAUUCUGUUUGUACACAAUGCAGACGCACACUCAGGAGGCCAAUUUAACUGUUACGGUACAUGGAGCAAAUGCAGCAUUUUCAAAGAUCUAGAUUGUUUUAGGUCAUCGAUGUGUCCUUCUUGGUUAGUAGAGUCACCUGGUUCCUCUCACUGUGCAUUAACACAAAUCAUUCUCGCUCUUUCGCAUUUCGGUUGUUUCCUCAUCCAUCCCAUUGGUAGGGCCGUUUUUCAGUGUUUUCUAGCUAGGAAAUUAAAAAAAAAAAAAAGUAAUUCAAACCACCAUACAUGUUACUCAUGAGGGUCAUCUAGUCCCAAAUCUCUUCCAUGGUCCAAUCACCCUUGCAAAACCGCAGAGUAAAUCUGGAGAAAACACAGCACACCAAAGAAGCAGAAUACUGCAAACCAAAGACAUUUCUUACUUGCCAUUUUCUAGCCUAAAAAUACUGUGAUUACUUUUAGAAAUCAGAAAACCUCUGCAACUCCAAAUGGCAUCCAGCUCUUGCAUUUGGCUCACCAUCGGGCUGAGCAGACCGGCUAGCCCAGCCACCCAGGGAGUGGCUUAGCCACGCCAGCUCUGGUUCCUGGCUGCCACCUUCCCACAGCACGUGGAAGAGCGCCCGCAGAACUCUGGGAGAUGCGAAGGUCACGAUGUGCGUAUUUACCAGUGAAUGGCCCCAGGUGGGCCCCAUGGGGUGUUCGAAGCAAGCCAAACGCUGCAAUGAUUCUUUACAGACACUUGAGACUGACUUUUUUAUGAAUUACUUAAUCGAAACCAAAGAAACUUUUUCUGCACCUACUUCUGCAACAAACAAAACUGUUCCAUUAAAAUGAAUAGAUAAAUAAAUACGUAAAUCAGUGAACAUCACCAUCACCAAGAAGGAAGCACGCCAGAAAAAAAACAAAAAACAAAAAAACAAAAAAACAGCGAGACACACUGUGUGUAAACAGACCUCUUGGGACAUUUUUUGGAAGCAGAUUUUAAAGAAAGGGUUGAGGCAGGAAUAGAUAUAAGGAACAGCCUCGGUGGCUCCUGCUUCAUUUGACAACUCAUCGGUAAUCGUAAAGUUGAAGAUUGUCUUUAAUUUGUGCCUAUGCAGUUUUU